AUGGUCAUCGCUUCAGAGUUCACAGAGCAAAAGCCUACUGGUGGCAGCAGCUUUGGAGGCAACUUCCGAAAGACCGCCUUUGCGGCGCACGUCUUCCCCAAAGGAAGACGGCUGGAGAGAGAUGGAACACAGAGGCUAGAGCAUGCGGAGCAACGACAGAUUGCGGGUUUGGUGGACCCUCAAGUAUGUCAGUCAGCGGCGAUGGCAUACGCAGCAAGCCAGAGGUUUCAGAAAGAGAGGCUGCUUACGAAUUACUGGCAGCAUGCUGAAGGUGGAGUGAAGCUAGCCACCUUUGUCACGAAGAAACCGGCUUGCCGGUCUUCGUCUGUCCCAAGUCUAACACGUGCAGCUGAACCAGAACCCAAGGCAAUGCCAGAACCGGUGCAAGAGCCCGAGCCCGUCGAGGAGAUGCUCUCGGAACCGGCUUUCGAAGAGGAAGAGCAGCCUCAGGAGCUGUCCGCGUCCAUGCAGUCGCGGAUGAUGAACUCGCGAUGGUAUCCGCAUCCUUCGCUGACAAGAGGUUCGUUGAAGCUCUCGACCCCAGCAGCCCUUGCACAGGGCGUAGAUCCCGAGAAGGACAAGGGCCACCAAUGCCCUUUCUUCGAGGGCAGCAAGCAUCGCUUCAAGGACGUGCAAGACCGACCAGAUGCUCAACUGAGAGAGUCUAUGCGCUCCAUGAAAUGGAAAUCGGAGGAUCUGCCUUGUGGCGGCCAGUUAGAGGAAGCCUUGGCGCUUCCCGACUUGGAGCCAUACGACGGUGAUGUCAGCAGCGCCUUCAGAGAAGGGCCGGCCUCAGGCAGAUCUGUUGCCGAUGUUUCCUCGUCUCCCGACUUGGAUGCUUCGUCAAGCUUCACCCCGGUGGAACAGAUGCUGCACGACGAGAUGGUCCUCUGCGAUGCGCAUGAGCUGCUGCCUGAAGGGAGUGGCCUGGCACCUGGGGAUGUGUUUCAAUGCCUGUGGGGUCGUGGCAAUUCUUUCGUGCAGAGCUACCAGGCGCGCAGAAAUGGCCGCGACGUGUUUUGGUCUGGUCCUGGCAUCAGUGAGAACAGGCCGUGGGAGGCAUUUGCUGAGCUCAAGUGCUCUGUCCGGGUCCCAGUGCUGGGAUGGCGGCCCUACCAAGAGGUCAUGCGAUUUGCACUUUGCUACGAACCUGCAGCAUUUUCUGGCAAGUUUUCCGCGGUGGAUGUCAGUGAAGUGUUGGCGGUGCAGCUGGUUGGGAAUGUCGAUGCUGGCAGCAUGGGGAACUUUCGCAGUGAGAACUUGAUGCUGUUUUACCAGCCGAUGUGCUCAGGGCCAACUGUGCUUCGGGCAUUGGCUUUGACUCCCAAAGGACGGUUCUCGAGUAUGGCGGUCGAUGGCCACCGCAAGGCUUUAUCCGAUUUUAUUCACGCUGUGCAAGACGAGGCAAAGAAGUGGCAUUCUUUCAGGCACGUCAAUGGGCAUCAACCCGUCAAGGCUGCUGUCGCUGAUGCUCAAGCAGGGGGUCCACCUGCAGAGGAUUGCUGCUUUGCAGGUGCUUGCAGUUUAAGAAACACCUGCGCUUUAAUGUAG